AUGACUUGGGUCUCCCCAAAAUCUGAUCCCGCCCUCUACCGUCGUUCAUCUCCAUUCAUCUCCAGAACCUUGGCACUUUCAGACCCCAAAAUCCUUUUCGCCAAGAAGAACCGACCAAUUCCGCUGGCUCAGGUGGCUCUGCCGGAGUCCUUCUGGUUGGAGUGGCUCCAAGAUGAACUGCCCUUGGCCACCGAACCUGCUGAAGUUGAGGCGCUGGACGACUUGCACCGCCGGGCCUGUGCCAUGUGCCCCACGGGGCCUGUCUGGCUGGCGCGCUGCGCGCUACACCGAGAGAGGUCGUCCGAUGCUGGCAAGGUGCGUUCGGUCUAUGAAGAGGCCUUGAAAGUACUGGGGCAGCAUCCAGGGUACGGCGUGGAGAUUUGGGCCGACUACCGGGACUUCGAAGAGAACUUGCUCAGUGCAGCAGGUGCAGACGAGAAGGCUCUGCAGGUGCAGCGAGUGAGGACGCUCUUCAUGAGGCAGAUGGCCUUGCCGUUGCCCGGGAGGGAGAGGCUUCAAGAAACUCACCAGACCUUCGAAGGUGCGGGAAGAAGUCGGGAAGAAGUCGGUGUUUUGGUUUCAAGAAGUGGAAAAUGGUCCACCUUCUCAUGCUCCAGACCCACUGAAGUUGGUGUUCCACACGUUACAUGGAGUGUCUGCAUGGGCAAAAGAAACCCUAAGUCGCCUCGACCCGGGGUCCUCGGAGGUCCUCCGACCUCGUCUUAA